ACAAGAAGGCCAGAGGAAAAAAAAAGAUGGCGCUGCCCAUGUUAAGAGGUUGUUCCAGGUUGCCGUCAACAUUUAGCUUUACUCGUCUGUUUUUAAAUGAAAGUGUCAUCCUUAACCGGUCCGGUAAAACGCCGCUACGUCCUUCAUCACCUGCCGCUGUGGUAGCAGCAGCGGUCCGCCUUUACAGCUCCGACCAGGGCGGACAGAACCAGAACCAGAACCAGAAGGUGGUGGUUGUUGGCAUCCCGAACCCUUUCAUCUGGUUUCGCACCCGAAUAUACUACUUUCUGAUAAAGGCUUACUUUGAUAAAGAGUUCAGCAUUGAAGAGUUCACGGAGGGCGCGAAGCAGGCCUUCUCCCAUGUUUCCAGACUGUUGUCACAGUGUCAGUUUGAAGCUUUGGAAGGGCUCGUGGCCAAAGACUUGAUUGGAAAGCUCGAGGAAAAGUGCAACAUGCUGCCAUCGAGCCACAAGAAAGCGCUCUCUGCAGAUCCUGAAGAGAUCAUGUACACGACCCCGGGAGACGUGGGAAUCUACUAUGAUGAUAAUGGGAGAAAGUUUGUCAGUAUUCUGAUGCGUUUCUGGUAUCUGACAAGCGCCCGUCUUCCUAACGACACCAUGGAGGGAACCCGUGUCUUUCAGGUGGCCGUUGGUGGAGAGAGAGAAACAGAAACUAAGAGACUGCUAACUGCAAAUUAUGAAUUUCAAAGGGAGUUUACUAAGGGAGUCCCUCCAGACUGGACCAUUACAAGGAUAGAACAUUCCAAGCUUUUGGAUUAAGGUCGUUUUGAACUGGUCAAAGACAUGAAAUUCUCCUCAGUAUUUGCUUUCAUUAAAUUGAGUAAAAAACAAAAACAAAAAACAGCAAUCCACAAGUCAAUCCACAGAGGGAAAACAAGACCCAUCACCUCUCUGGGAAGUCAGAGGGAAGCACCAGGACAAACUUGGAUUCAUCCACUUAGUCACUGUAGAAAACACACAUGAGCCAAAAACAUCUGUUCUCAUCUAUACUGCCAAAACCGUCUGCAGUAUAACAAUAUUUCUUAUAGUUUUCUUUGCUAUCUCUGAUAUCUCCCCAAAAAUUGAUCAGAAUGUGACCAGGUUCGUGAACCCUUGCUCUGGAAGGUUUUGUACAUUCAGGACUGUGGCCAGAGGAAUCGAAUAUAUUUUUCAAAUAAUUUGUAGCCUAAUUGUAACUAUUAUGUAACAUCAUAUGGGUGGGGCUUGUGCAUAUGGGUGUGCUGUGCACCUGUUGUUAGAAACUUUCUGAUCAUGUUGUUUUAUUUUUGAAAAGACUGAUAAUAGUCUGAAACUGUAUUUCCAAGUAGAGAACUCCUGUUUCUCUAUGUAGGACUGUGUGUUAUAGAGAAGUUGCAAUUCAAUGUGCCAGAUUUGUUUCCACACUGAAAUAAUUUUUUUUCACACACUAUAUUUGACCUGUUGCAGACACCUGAAGUACAUGCUAUGUAUGUGUGUACAUGUGUUUGCAAUGGUUAAGGCAGUUUGAUGCAGCUGCAGCAGAACAUUGAUUGUUCUAUUAAAGAUUUGAGAAAUUAA